UCAAACUGCUGGAUCAUGAAUGAACUCAAAGAUAACAAGACAAUUGUACACUGGAUUUGCAACAGUAACUUGGCACAGCGCAAUUUUUUGAUGAGAAAGAUGGUAAAGUUAGGUGGUGGCAAUGAGUCGAUGAACAAUGUAGCUCAAGAGGUGGCCGACAAUUUGAAAUCAUCUAGUGCAAAAAACUUUAAUGAAUAUUACAAAGGCAAUAAAUUUGUCUUAACAGUUUCCCUGUUUUGAACAGAAAGUCAAAUUUUACACAGUUGCAAAAAAAUUUAAUAUAGGAGUAUUAUGCAAUCCUUCAAUUACAACUAAACAGAACUAAUAAGAUCAUUCCCAAAAAACAGAAUAUUCAAGGUAUGAGUCCACUUCAUUUUUUCUUCUUUCCCAUGGUGGCUCAAGGCCACAUGAUUCCUACACUAGACAUGGCUAAGCUCGUUGCUUCACGCGGUGUUAAGGCCACUAUAAUCACUACCCCUCUCAAUGAAUCGGUUUUCUCUGAUUCUAUUGAAAGAAACAAGCAUUUAGGUAUCGAAAUUGACAUCCGUUUGAUAACAUUUCAAGCUGUGGAGAAUGAUUUGCCUAUAGGAUGUGAACGCCUCGAUCUCGUUCCUUCCCCUGUAUUGUUUAACAACUUCUUCAAAGCUACAGCUAUGAUGCAAGAACCAUUUGAGAAUCUUGUUAAAGAGUGUCGUCCCGAUUGUAUUGUUUCAGAUAUGUUGUACCCUUGGAGUACUGAUUCUGCUGCCAAAUUUAACAUUCCAAGAAUUGUUUUCCAUGGCACGGGUUUCUUUGCUCUUUGUGUUGCGGAAAGUAUCAAACGUAAUAAACCUUUCAAGAAUGUGUCAACUGAUUCUGAAACAUUUGUUGUACCCAAUUUGCCUCAUCAAAUCAGGCUGACCAGAACGCAAUUGUCUCCGUUUGAUCUAGAAGAGAAAGAGGCAAUUAUAUUCAAGAUAUUUCAUGAAGUCAGGGAGGCGGAUUCAAAGAGCUAUGGAGUAAUCUUCAACAGUUUCUACGAGCUUGAAACAGAUUAUUUUGAAUAUUAUACCAAAUUUCAAGAUAAUAAAUCAUGGGCUAUUGGGCCGCUUUCGCUGUGCAACAGAUACAUUGAAGAUAAAGCAGAAAGAGGAAUGAAAUCCUGUAUCGAUACACACGAGUGCUUGAAAUGGCUUGAUUCGAAGAAAUCAGGUUCUAUUGUUUACAUCUGUUUUGGAAGCGGAGUAACAUUCACUGGAUCACAAAUAGAAGAACUUGCAAUGGGAAUUGAAGAUUCUGGACAAGAAUUCAUUUGGGUUAUCAGAGAACAAGAAAACGAAAACUCGUGUCUACCUGAAGGAUUCGAGGAAAGAACAAAAGAAAAAGGAUUAAUCAUAAGAGGAUGGGCACCCCAAGUGUUGAUUCUUGAUCACGAAGGCGUAGGAGCAUUCGUGACUCAUUGUGGAUGGAAUUCUACACUGGAAGGAAUAUCAGCAGGGGUGCCAUUGGUGGCAUGGCCUGUAUUUGCUGAACAAUUUUUGAAUGAGAAGUUGGUGACUGAUGUAUUGAGAAUUGGGGUUGGGGUUGGUUCAGUGAAAUGGGAGGCAGCAGCAAGUGAAGGAGUGAAAAGGGAAGAAAUAAGUAAAGCAAUAAAGAGAGUAAUGGUGGGUGAAGAAGCAGAGGGAUUCAAAAACAGAGCAAAAGAGUAUAAGGAAAAGGCAAGAGAAGCUAUUGAAGAAGGAGGAUCAUCUUACAAUGGAUUGACUAAUUUACUGCAAGAUGUAAGUAUGUUUGGUACUAAAAUUGAUUAGGUGUAUAUUUAAAUUUGAGUCUGAUUCCUAGUACUCAAUCCACAUGGAAUUAUUUUAAAACAUGUACUUUUUCUUUUUCAUUUAAAUAAUAAUAAUAAUAAUAAUAAUAAUAUUACCUUAAUAAUAAUAAUAAUACUAAGGUAAUAAGUCAACAUGAUAUAGAAUCAUCAAAAUUGACGAGACGGAUUCUUCAUCAAUCUUCUUCUUCUGAAAAUGUAAAUCGUUUUCCAGGCGAAUUAUAUAUUCGAAAUAUCUGGAGG